AUAUGUGUAUAUAUACAAGGAAAAUAUCAACUUGAUUCACACAAGUGACGCCACUUAUCGGUAGAGCGGUCGUGCUUACGAAGAAUAUGUUAAAAUUAUAUAUAUUUCUAUGUGCCUGUUGUAUGUGUGUCUGUGAAAACAUACCCUUUCUGGAAAUCGGCGACCCAUGCUUCAUCAAGAACGUAAGCGGAGUGUGCAGAACGAUAAGCGAAUGCCGUUACGCCAAGAAAUUAGUGAGAGAAGAUCAGGUCAAACCUCCUACAUGUAAAUUUCAAGGUGAUCAAAGAAUAGUCUGCUGUCCUGAGACCGACCUGUUCCACGAAACGGGAGUCUUCAAGCAUCACUUCAUUGGACUUGCCAAAGGAGUCAAGAAAUCUAAGUACAUGACCUGUCGCUACGAUGGCUACCAGCCCUUGCAAUGUUGUGAGAACGCUAAACCCGUCACCAUUCCACCAGAACCGGCAACUUGUCCAAGCCUCCCAAGACCCCUGCUGGCCAAAAACCACAUCGCCUGGACUAAAUGCGUUGACUACCAGCGUUACAUCAACAAGUGCGUGCCAGUUGAUCCAAUCAACCAACCAUACAAAAUGCAAAGGGUAAACACUUGCGGCAUCAGCAACUCCAAUUUUAGGAUAUCCGGUGGCGUUGAAGCUAAACCCAGAGAGUUUCCGUUCAUGGCCGUCAUCGGCUGCCACAAUUCCUUGGACGUGGACGCCGACAUCAAGUGGGUAGGCGGAGGCUCGCUGAUCAGUGAGAAGUUUAUACUCACGGCUACUCACAUAUUGAGUGAACCGACUUAUGGCCGCGUACGGUACGCGUUGCUUGGCACUUUGAAUAAGACAGACAUAAGGUCCGGAGUCCUUUACAAUAUCGUGUCUAUGAUCGCGCACCCUGAAUACGACAUUCCCGUUAAAGCGAAUGACAUAGCGCUCCUGGAGCUAGACAGACAGGUCUUUUUCAAUGAAUUCAUUCACCCCGUCUGUCUCCCGGUGCCGGGCAGAUAUAUUACAAACGACUAUAUCGUUGCCGGUUGGGGCGAAAACAACAACAGAUACAGCAGUGACGUGCUGUUAACUGCAAGACUGCGACCCAGCGAUGAAUGCAAGAGCAGAAUAGUGAGAAAAGACUUCGUUUAUUCGAAUGAGAAGUAUAUAUGUGCUAAAGGAGAGUUGGAAAAGGGCGUCUAUCAAGACACCUGCAAGGGCGAUAGCGGAGGCCCGCUGUUGGCUCUGAUGUUUAAUAUAAACUGCUCGUACUCCUUGGAGGGUAUUGUCAGUUUUGGACCCGAAUGCGGCAAAGGCUUUCCAGCGGUUUACACCAAAGUAUCCAACUAUUUGGACUGGAUAGUUGAAAACGUAUGGCCCGAUAAGGUCAACAAAAAGCAAUAAAAUGUACAUCUUAGGACUCUUUGGAUAAUGAGCAAUAAAAACAUGCCACUUUUAA